CUCAUUCCGUUCUACAGAUCAUUCCGUCAGAUUAAGCGAGCGYACAACAUGAAGAGCAUAUCUGUUCUAGUUAUAUUCUGUCUUUUGAUCAACGAAGGGUUUUCCCUCUCUUGUCGAUGUGUUCCUGGAAAUGACCAUCCACAGGACAAGUUUUGUACGUCUGAUUACGUACUUCGAGGGCUCGUGGAGUCAGGCCCAGUGACGAAAACCAUUCAAAUCCCGCGACCAGAUAAUCCCGAGAAUUCAUGGACCCGCAGUGUGCUCGUGUACCGCGUCCAAAUCCAGCGAAUCUUCAAAGGAGAGAACAAGGUUAAGAACACUACUCCACUCAAAGACUACCCAGGCAAGGUACCCCUGCCAAUGGAAGUAGCCAUCUACACGGACAACAACUCGUGCGCUGCGCAGCUUGAACAAGGCAGAGAUUACGUUCUUGGAGGAUACAUCGAUGGCCAGGACCUUGAGAUAUUCUCAUGCAACUGGAUCCAGACGUGGGGCAGUUUGAGCUCCGGACAGCGCAUUGGGAUUAGAAGGUACUACGGCCGCAACUGCGCGUGCAGGACCAGUCUGUGCAGCUGGAUGGAUCCACUAGGAGGGAUGAUGGACUAUUACUGUGGAUUGAAUAACCUCUACUGCGCCAUGAGGAAGGAUCACGCAACAUGCUCUUGGAAAGACAUAGGCCGUGGGUAUCGAGAGUGCAUCAGGGAUGCAACGAUUCUUGGUUUCUACAAGUAAAGUCCGAUUUUAUUUAUUUGGGAAGGACAGACUUUAAGUUCGUUUGAAAGAAAUUCUUUAGGGGGAUUAAAUAUGUAACGUUAUCAGCUAUAGAUACGAAGCGUUUUAUUUUAUCUUAGGAAUUUUUAGACUAUKUACAUCGAAAAAUCUAGAAAAUUAUUAUUUUGUUAUCAGUCGGUCAUGAUGGGUGAAUGCGCUAUGUUAUGAUCACAUGAUCUGUUUCAGUCACAUUGCUAUGGGACCUAAUGAACCCACGUGACUGCUAUGUCCCGUGGCACCUAAUUUACCACGUGACGUUGUGCCUAGUAAGGCGAUGCAUCACGUGACCUCUUAGGGACACGUGGCUUCGUGUACCACGUGACAACUAGAGGUCAGAUUUAUCUUUUGAAAAAGAUAAGCACGAAGAGAACCGAUACGGAUGAAAGACUUUUGGGGGUCCAUUUACUAUACGUUUAUGAAUUGGGGUUUUUGGUGUGUCAAGCGGCAUCAAAAUUAGAUAUACAUUAUUUACAAAAUUAUUUUCAUUGGUAAUGGGACUAUCUUAUGUGUCGAUGCAAAUAAUGCUGUCGUACGUCAGUCUCAAGUCGAGGAAAAAGAAACUAGUGAAAACACAUCAAUCACCGCUCCUUGCCAAAACCAAAGGGAGCCCAAGCUAGAAUAAUAGAAAAGGUGCGGCCGCCGCCGCCAUGCUGUUUGACGUCACAAAACAAAAACAAAAAGUCCAACUAGGUGUACAUGAUCAAAUCACUUUAGAUUAGUUAGUGCGGCGUGUGUGUGUAAAUAUUCAUAUAUAAACACAAUUGUUAUAAGUUAGGGUGUUUUGGUAAUUUGGAAGACAAUUUAAA